UGCGCAGAGCGUCGGAUCUCCAAAACCAGGUUUACCAGAGAGAAGCCGCGCAUAAGGAGCUGCAAUGCCUGCUGAUCUGAGCGGAUACUGGGAAAUGGUUUCCAAUAGAAACUUUGAGGAGUACAUGAAGGCUCUUGAUGUAAAUGUUGCCAUCAGAAAAAUCGCCCUUCUGCUGAAACCAGCCAAGGACAUCGUUCAUGACGGGGACCACAUGAUCAUCAAGACCCUCACUACAUUUAAGAACUACAACAUGGACUUCUCUCUGGGUAAGGAGUUCGAGGAGGAUCUCUCAGGAGUCGAUGGCAGGAAAUGCAUGACAACCAUCAACUGGGAGGGAGACAAACUGGUGUGUGUUCAGAAAGGAGAGGUGGAAGGAAGAGGCUGGACCCACUGGGUGCAGGGGGAUGAGCUUCAUCUGGAGCUGAGAGCUAGAGGGGUUGUUUGCAAGCAGGUUUUCAAGAAAACCUAAACUGGCCUUUUUAAGCAGCACCGACUACUUGAUCAGAAUCUGACUGAGAGAGUAACAGCAGAUCAACCUUACACUACAACCUCCAGCAUGCUCAGAUCCUCUUUAUGAACAUUGUUUUAAUAACUCACUUUUGAAUGCAUUAUGAAUUGUUGCCUCUGUUAUCAGGGGACAUGGUAGGUAGACAUGUGUGAAUGAAACAGUGCUGUGUUAUUGUCUCAGUACAGGUGUUUUGAUGAGCAGAUUUAGAUAAACAUGUGUCCUGUUGGUGUUAGAUGAACUGAUGUCUGACACAGUUAGUUUAUGGAAACACUAAAGUAAGACGUUCUCUAAGAAAAU